AUUAGAACAUAUACAGUGCAAAUUGGUGUGUUACUUUUUAAACCUGAGAGCAAAAAGCCGCCGCACGCAUAAGAGAUAAGAGGGCAAAGUACAUGUGUGUUAGAUAGAGAGACGAUCACCACCGUUACUGUGACGGUCAGCCUCCAUUUUCGCGGCCGCGUUUCCGUCGGGUCCGUUGGUAAUGAGAAAGAUAGCCGGAAGAGGAAGAAGAGCUUGUAUUAACUCGAUAGCAAGGCGCCGAGAGAGAGAGAGAGAACAUGUCUUGGGGGUUAAAUAGAAAGGCCGUUGCGUCCGUUGUUAAGGGAGAUCGACCUCCUUUAGAUGCGUCCGUUGCAAAUGAGAAAGCGUCGAGCUUGUCGGAAGAGGAAGAAUGGCCGCGGGAAGGUGACCCUUGGGGGCGGAGGAGAGAAGCGAUCGAGGUUCCGGCUUAGUGUGAAGGAUGACGUGGCAUUUUAUGAUUUAAGAUCCCGCCUAAAAAAACCCUACAAAUUACAAUCUUUCUCCCCACUCUACUGCUGUCUCUCCCUCUCCAUUAUAAGGAGAAAAUCACAAUAUCGAAGGAGAAAAGCACAAUCGAUGGAUGGAGAAGAAGAAGCAAACGCUAAUUUGCUCUGAAUCGAGUUCAUAGAGAAACGCACAAUCGAUGGAUGGAGAAGAAGAACCAAACGCUAAUUUGCGUGAAUCGAGUUCAGAGAGACAAGCACAAUCGAUGGAUGGAGAAGAAGAAGCAAACGCUAAUUUGCGUGAAUCGAGUUCAGAGAGACAAGCACAAUCGAUGGAUGGAGAAGAAGAAGCAAACGCUAAUUUGCGUGAAUCGAGUUCAGAGAGACAAGCACAAUCGAUGGAUGGAGAAGAAGAAGCAAACGCUAAUUUGCGUGAAUCGAGUUCAGAGAGACAAGCACAAUCGAUGGAUGGAGAAGAAGAAGCAAACGCUAAUUUGCGUGAAUCGAGUUCAGAGAGACAAGCACAAUCGAUGGAUGGAGAAGAAGAAGCAAACGCUAAUUUGCGUGAAUCGAGUUCAGAGAGACAAGCACAAUCGAUGGAUGGAGAAGAAGAAGCAAACGCUAAUUUGCGUGAAUCGAGUUCAGAGCUCCGAAGGAUUCGUACUGCUUUUUUCAUUUUCAUGGAAGACUUCACCAAGAAUCACUCCCAGAACCAGAACCAGAACUUUACGGAUGCUCUAAAAGCUGCUACUCUUAGAUGGUGCUCCUUAUCCAUCUAUGCGAGACUGUGUUACUUUGCAGCUGCUUUCAUGUACAGUGAAAGCAACUACAAAGAACACCUUUUCUGGCCAGAGGAAGAAGAUGAAGAAACUGAUGAUAAAAUUGAUGAAGAAGUCGAUGAGAAUUCUGCCCUAACUCCCUUCCUCAUCUUCCUUGCAAUGGAGUUUCGUACUUCUUCUGAUAUUGAUAUUUCUAUGAUUGAAACAAAGUGGCAAUACUUGACUGAGAGGCAGAAGAAGCCAUAUUAUCUCUUAGCCUCUAAGAGAUUGGCCGAGUAUGAGGAGAAUCAUAUCAACUCUCAACCGCUUCCUGAUGACUCACCCGUAGCUACUGGGUUGACCACUUUUCUCUCUGAGAAUAACAUAGCACAUGAUGUUCGUUCUUUUGUUGAGAGAUGGACAUCUCUCUCUUCAGCAGAGAGAAUGCCCUUCUUCAUUAAGGCUGACAAGAAGAUGAAAAUAUAUGAAGAUCGUUGUCUCACAUUCUUGAAAACUGAAUAUGGCGUCUCUCUCUUCCCUCGGAACUCCUCCAUGGUAAAGAGGCUUCACAAUUCUGGAAUUUUUGGUUGACAAGGAGAGAUUGGAUAGAUUCUGGAAUCGUUAAAGGUUGUUAACAAGGAUAGAUAGAGAGUGAGCUUAUGAGUUGUUGAUCUUUUUAGCUAUGAGUUGAUAAUCAGAAAUUUGUUGAUCUUAUGAGUUGAUAGAGAGUGAGCUUAUGAGUUGAUAAUCAGAAUUUUGUUUUUUAGCUACAGUUUUUGCAAAUGUAACAAGUGACAAUUUGUUUUUUAGCUACGAUGAUUCUGAACCUUACAGGUGACAAUUUAACAACUACGCUACACAUUUAAUUUUCAA